UUGGAAUCAUUCUGAAGACUGAAUGAAGAAUACACACUCCCAACAUUAUCCUGCCAGAGAGUGGAGGUUCGACUACGGAAGUGGGUGUGGACUAGUAAUUAUUAGUUUGCAUGCUUAAAUAAAUUAAAUUUAAAAUAACGCGGGGACUGUUAAAGCUGGGAACAAGUGACUACAAAGGACAACAAUACACAACAAACCGCAGUGCUCCAGACUGAGUGGAGCCAGCAACUUGUGAGACGUUACAGAGCCGCAGCACGACCACCAAGGCUGGUGGAGUAGAACACUGACUGCGCUGGUUGGAGAGGAGCUGGGAGGAGUGGUUGAGAAGCAGUGUCUUCCUUAUUUCUUAGCCUGUCAUCUUGUACCGGUGAGACCUGCUGCAGCUUGUCCGUUUGACAGAGGUCCUGAUCUCCGCUCCCGCAGCCUGCACCUCCUCCCUCCAUCAGUGGUGGUGACCCAACUCCGGACUGCUUGCUGCAGGGCCCUUCCUGAGCAGCAGCAGCUGCGUCCUGCUUGCUGACUCCCCUCCCUCCCCUGCUUCCUGUCCUUGGUCAGACAAGGCUAAAGCCUCCUCUCCUCUCCCCAACCCCACCCCUCAUCUCUGUUGGCCUCUCAUAGUUUCACACACACACACUCACAUUCACACACCUAAGUGGUUUCUCGUGUUGACCACGCGUUCCAACACCGUUUUUUUUAGGCUACUAACGCUAAUUGGAGGUUAUCAGCAGGGGACUUUUGGACCCCCUUGGUCCCCCUGGAUUGUGCAGCCACCACAGAAGCCUUCCCUUUUAUACUACACUGCAGCAUCCAGCAUGACCUCCAUGUCCAGUCUCUUCUCCUUCACAAGCCCAGCAGUCAAACGCCUGCUCGGCUGGAAGCAGGGAGACGAGGAGGAGAAAUGGGCAGAAAAGGCAGUGGAUGCGCUUGUGAAAAAGCUGAAGAAGAAGAAAGGUGCCAUGGAGGACCUGGAGAAAGCUCUGAGCUGCCCCGGGCAGCCUAGCAAGUGUGUAACCAUUCCAAGAUCACUGGAUGGCCGGCUACAGGUUUCCCACAGGAAAGGUCUGCCUCAUGUAAUCUACUGCAGAGUGUGGCGCUGGCCAGACCUCCAGUCCCACCACGAGCUCAAGCCCCUGGAGGUGUGCGAGUACCCAUUUGGCUCCAAACAGAAGGAGGUCUGCAUCAACCCAUAUCACUACAAACGAGUGGAGAGUCCCGUGCUCCCUCCUGUCCUGGUACCUCGGCACAGCGAGUUCAACCCACAGCACAGCUUGCUGGUACAGUUCCGAAACCUCACCCACAAUGAGCCGCACAUGCCUCUGAACGCCACCUUUCCAGAGUCCUUUCAGCAGCCACACAGCGGUGGCGGCAGCAGCAGUGGCGGUGGAGGAGGUGGAGGCGGUUCUUUUCCCAUCUCUCCCAACUCUCCGUAUCCCCCUUCUCCAGCCAGCAGUGGUACUUAUCCAAACUCUCCUGCCAGCUCGGGGCCCUCCAGUCCAUUCCAGCUCCCAGCUGACACCCCACCCCCAGCCUACAUGCCCCCUGAUGAGCAGCUGGGUCAGGAGAGCCAGUCCAUGGAAACAAGCAGCAGCCUGGUGCCACCGAACAUGGCCAGAGGAGAUGUGCAACCAGUGGAGUACGAGGAGCCAAGCCACUGGUGCUCUAUUGUCUACUAUGAACUUAACAAUCGAGUAGGCGAGGCCUACCACGCCUCGUCCACCAGUGUGCUGGUGGAUGGCUUCACUGACCCUUCAAACAACAAGAACCGCUUCUGCCUCGGACUGCUGUCCAACGUCAACCGCAACUCCACGAUCGAGAACACCCGCAGACACAUCGGCAAAGGAGUGCACCUGUACUAUGUGGGAGGGGAGGUAUACGCAGAGUGCCUCAGUGACACCAGCAUUUUUGUCCAGAGCCGAAACUGUAAUUACCACCACGGCUUCCACCCCACCACGGUCUGCAAGAUCCCCAGUGGAUGUAGCCUCAAGAUUUUUAACAACCAGGAGUUUGCCCAGCUGCUGGCCCAGUCAGUCAACCACGGUUUUGAGGCCGUCUAUGAGCUUACCAAGAUGUGCACCAUUAGGAUGAGCUUUGUCAAGGGCUGGGGAGCCGAGUAUCACCGACAGGACGUCACCAGCACCCCCUGCUGGAUCGAGGUGCACCUGCAUGGGCCCCUCCAGUGGCUGGACAAGGUGCUAACACAAAUGGGUUCACCUCUCAACCCAAUCUCCUCUGUGUCCUAAUGAUGGACUUGGGUGGGAGCUUGGGAGACUUUUUUUUAUUUUUUUUUACUUUUUCUUUCUCCCCCCCCCUCAGUGAUUUAUAAUUUAAGGUGGUCUUAAUGGCUGAACUGUUUACACUUAACUUUGGGAAGGGAUAUUGACUCUGGCUGGAAAUUCAACAGCCGGAAUGAGUUGUUGAAAAAUGUUAGCAGAUACCUGAAGAAAGAGAGGAAUAAGUAAUGCCCAAGGGGCAGUAAUGACGUGGACACACUACUGCUUGACAAUGCUACAACACCUGCAAGAAAAGAGGGCUCCAUUGUCACGCUUGAAUCUGUCAAAUGUUUUUAUUGUUUGCUAAAAUGUUUUUAUUCCUCUGUAUGUGUAGUUUAUAAUGUAGCAGAACUGUUUCACUACUCUGCCUUAUGUCCGACAGACGAAUUGGAAUUUUACUGACCACUUAACGUCAGAUAUUUACAAUUAAGAUAUAGACACGAUUAUGUUUACCAUUAGGCUCAGAUAUAACAAAUGCUUUCUUUUGUAUAGUCUCUACUGCUAGAAAUGAACACUGAGCUACUGCCUUUUCGGAAGGUUAUGUAUACCAACCUGAUUUUGUUAUGGGAGAUCAAUCACUGAAUGAGUUUAACAUGCCAUAAGCUAACAACAUUGUGAAUGUUACACCUAUUGCAAUAGAAGUAGUCAUUUAUGAUAUAAUCAGACAAUGGACAUCAUUAUUGAUUCUUGUUUGUACUCUGGAGUUCAACUAAGAGUGACUGUAUUUUCCAUACUCACUGUAUUAACAAUAUUGUGCACUCAUGGAUUUUGUGGAGGCAUAUUACAUUUUGGCGUGGGUACCAAGGCAUUAUAUUGAUAAAUAAUUGACUUAAUUAGCUCAAUGAAAUAAACAGUUAUUUGGUAACAA